CUCUGUUCUUUAAAGAAAGAGUUUAAGCAAAAUUAAGAGCUAAUGUUGUGACGUUUGAAAUUUCAGUUGCUGAGGAAAAGUUUUCUGUAAAGUCGUUUGAAUGAUUGGUCCAUCAUUAGAAUGUGACAGCUGAGUGCUGACAUGGGAAAAUGCUGUUAGAAAAUACUUACGUGGGCAUUCUCAAUGAGUUAAACAUUGGCUCAAAAGUGCUAUCAACAAACAAGUCACAAGGAAGUAGGAUUCGCGGGCAGGAAAUGACAAUGUGUGCAUUGGAAAUUCUUGGAAAUUGAAUAACAGCAGAUUAUACCAAAGUAGUUUUGAUCAAAGCAUUCAGUUUUCUGCAUCCCUCACAUUCUAAUUGAACAACAUAUGUGAAAAUUCUAUUCGCGUGAGAUGAUGGCCAGUGGUUAAUGAUUAAUAUUUUACUGUUUGGGCAGGUGGGGUUUCUUCCUGUGUAGAUUGUCAUGAAUGUUUAAUGUCAAAUUUUUAAUUUGUUCAACAGCUAGCAUAACUCCUAUUGAGAAAGGACUAAGUAUAAGCUGUUCAUUUCAUACCUCACUGGCUCACAAUGGCCUAUCACAUGUUGACUGAUGCACUCAGCGCAGGCGAAAGGUUAUCUGCAAUAUGACCUUGCAUUUCCGAUGGCCUCAGAGGGAGAAAGAUUACAAACAGACUACAGGCAAACUCGUUGUAGGACGCAUUGUUUGCUUGAGCUGCGUUCAGCUUUCGGAGAAGGUUGGAAUGUUGCCUUAGGCUCGUUUCCACAUGUGGAAACAAAUGGACAGCUGAAUGUCAUGAAGACAGUCCUGGGUUACCUGCAGACUUCAGAAAGUUCCUCAAGUUGCCAGUCGCUCGAUGAAAACUUCACACUUCUUGCUGAGGAAAGGACCCUUGUUAAAACAAAGGAAGAAGUUGAUCAACUUUGUCUGCAGAAACCAAAGAAAAAUGGCUUGCCUUCCAUUCGCAAAAGGGAGGAAUUUGCUUUUAAUAACAAAAAGGCACCUCAGAAGAAAUUACCUUCCUCAGACCACUCAAAACCACAGAAACCACCACCACCACGUACAGCACCAUGUGUGAAGAAGAGCAAACAUAACAUGAGCAACAAUAUCGCACCCUGGGUUGGCAUCUCCCCUCUGGAUACUACUUUUGGUGCCAUUCCACAGUCAUUGGAACCGCUCCCAUGCCAUACCAGCGCUCAGCACCAUCUUCCAUGCAGCACCAUCAGGCAUUGGUGUGGCAGUGCCAAGAGUUUUACGGAGGACAACUUUGGUGGAAAUCAAGAUGGGCUCAAAGGGAUAGGCAGCAAAGCAGUGCAGCGAUUGCUCCGAACUGCACCUGAGGGGACAUCAAAGGCCGAGGCAUUGGUGACUCAGAGAAGUGGCAAGGAUGGCUGGUCCCAGAGGAGGCUGAGAAGUAAACAGCGAGGAGGCACAAAGCUGCCUCCAGUCCAAUGCAUCUCCAGCCUCAGCUUCACCAGAAACUUUACAUUCUCUUUCUUUGAGCUGCCUCACUACCAACUACAGCAGUAUAGAGCACGGAGAACCCUCAUGUCAAAGACUAUUCAUGAAUGAACCCCUGGGGACUGCCAAAACAAACACUUAAUAAAACUUUUCCCUGGACUGAAGAGGUUGAGCCAAUCUUUUGGGUCACUGGAGUGUGUUUAUUCUCCAAAUUCUGGGGCGGACAAUUCCCAAAUUUCUGCUGCACUUUCAGCGAUGCCACUGAGUGUAAAUUUGAAUCA